AUGGCGUUGACAUCGUUUUCGGGCAGCGUCAGAAAGAGCUGUUCCGCCUCGGUGAUCUCACGCUCGCGAUCCACAUCACAAGUGAACACCUGUGAAGUGUUGUCCUUGGUGAACAACGAUAGUUUACUGAUAUCAGUCGAUAUUCCACUGAUACUCGAUUUCAGUGGAUUAGAUGGUAAUGAAUGUGAUAACUUUGGAUUCGAAUGUGAUGACGAUGGUGAUGAUGAGUGUGCUAUUGAUAAUGAUGAUGACGACGAUGACGAUGACGAUGAUGAAGAUCCUCUGCUGUUGCUAUUACUAUGA